AUGAUGAAUAGAUACAGUUUCGAAGCCGUGGACAGGACGUUCCGCGAUAUCAUGGGCAACGAUAAGCCAUGGGCGGAAUUACUACAACUCACGGAAAACACGAGGGUGCGCACACCUUCCGAUCCACAGGGCGCAACUGAAAUCGAGGAAUUCGCCAACUUUUUGUUGGAGGAAGACAUUGAAGAAGAAGACUUUCCCAACUUUGCCCUCCUCCCACCGGAUCAAGAAGGAGUCGAAGGUCUAGUCGUCCACGACUACUACGAGCAAAAUCUGAACACGCUCAUAGACGCGGUGUACCCUGGUGUGGGUGGGGCGAAUGUGACCGACGAGUAUUUCGCGGAAAGAGUCAUUCUCGCACCAACAAACGAGAACAUUUGGCGCCUGAACGAGAUGGUGGCGGAUCGCCUUUCAGGAGAGACACUAGAACGUCUUUCCGUCGAUAUAAUGGAAGGAUCAGACAACAUGUUGUUCAAGCCGGAACUCUUGCGCUCGCUAAAUUUCAUCUUCAUCAGCGACGACGACAAGGACUUCGUGUUCCCAGCUUCGACGCAAGCGGUUUCCAGUAUUUCCAGCAUUCGUCGGCGAUGUGCUGUGACUGGCGAGCGAUUUGAAGCGGUGGUGUCCACUGUGAAGGGCUGUGUCAAGCCCGAGGUCGUGAAGAUCAUCGCCACGUACGUGCUGAAGCGACCGGCUGAGGUGAUCUCGGACAACGAUUCAGCUGGUUCAUGGCCGGUGCAACAGUCUCAAGAAUGCCUACGUGCCUGA